CAGAGCGACAUAGGGGCAGAGGGACAAGGGGACAGGGGGACAGUGGGAGAUGGGGACAGGGGACACGGGGACACGGGAGCGGGGCCAGCGGCGGCCGGGGGGGGGCGGGCGGGGAGCGGCGGGCGGGGGCGGGCGCGCCGUUGUGCAACGGCCCCUCCGCUAUAAGGGGGGAUGGAGCCACCGGGACGGGACGCGGCGACACCGCACCCACCGGCGGCCAGGCUCAGGAGCGGGUGCGAGUCUCCGACCCCUGAGGAUGAGGUGGCCCGGCGUGUCCCUCUGGGGUGUCCUGUGGCUGUGGGUGCCGCUGGCCACCGGCCGCCCCGCGCGGCUGGAGAAGGUGCGGGGGGACACCCGCACCCUCACCCGCACCCUCAGCGCCCGCAUCCAGCAGCUGCAGCUCUUCCCCCUGGGCCCGCAGAUCAGCGGGCUGGAGGCCAUCCCGGGGGGGGCGGCCCCGGAGGGGCUGGGGGCCAUGGCCCAGCGCCUCCUCCUCUUCCAGCGCCUGCUGGGGGCGCUGGCCGCGGGCCACCCGCCUCUGGCCCAGGUCGCCAACGACACGGAGAACCUGCGCAGCCUGCUGGCCGCCAUGGCCGCCCAGCUGGGCUGCGAGCCCCCCCGCGCCCCCCCCUCGCCGCCCCCCCUCGCCCUGCCCCCGCCCCUGGCCGAAGCCCCCCACACCGCCGCCGGCCUGGCCCUCGCCCGCCUCCGCCUCUGCCUCGACGGCAUCGCCCGGCGCCUCGACGGGCACCCCGCCUGCUAG